AUGGAGAAACUUGUUCCUUUCACCUGUUUUCUCUUGAUGCUUCAGUACUUUGUUAGAAGUAGCUCAGCCAUGACCCAAUUUAAUAUCUCCACUGAUCAAUUAGCUCUUCUUUCCCUGAAAUCUCAAAUCCUGUCAGACCCCUUUCACUUCUUUGAUGAAAGUUGGUCUCCAGCUACGUCGGUUUGCCAUUGGGAUGAAGUCACUUGUGGCUCUCGUCACCAAACAGUGAGAUUCUUGAAUCUUUCCAACAUGGAUCUUAUGGGUGUAAUACCCCGUGAAAUAGGGAACCUUACAUUUCUUGUUUCUCUUGACUUGGGAAGCAACAAUUUCCAUGGAAAUUUGCCUCAAGAAAUGGCACAGUUGCACCGGCUUAAGUUUCUUGAUCUAAGUGUCAACAACUUUGGCGGGGAGGUUCCUUCAUGGAAACAUCCAGAAGGAAUUGGCAAUCUUCACAACAUGAACUGGUUGUCCAUACAAUAUAAUCAACUUACGGGUUCUAUACCAUUCACAAUUUUCAAUAUUUCUAGGAUCGAAAUCGUUUCAUUUACUGGCAAUAGCUUAUCAGGAAGUCUUCCCAAUGGUUUAUGCUAUGGUCUCCAAAUACUCAAAGGGCUUUAUCUGUCUUAUAACAUGCUUCACGGUCGUAUGCCUACAAGCUUGUCAAAUUGUUCACAACUUCAAGUAUUGUCUUUAUCAAAAAAUGAGUUUGAUGGACCAAUACAUGGUGAAAUUGGAAGAUUGAGUAACUUGCAGCGAUUGUAUCUCGGAUAUAACCAAUUCACAGGUGAAAUACCCAAAGAGAUAAGCAAUCUCAUUGAGUUGGAGCUACUUAGUCUUAGCAAUAAUAGAUUUAGUGGUUCAAUCCCAAUGGAGAUCUUCAACAUAUCAGGGCUGAAACUGAUUUCUCUUUCAGACAACAAUCUAUCAGGAAACCUCCCCCCAAACAUGUGUUCUAUCUUACCCAACAUUGAAGAGCUUUAUAUGAACAACUUAACCAAUCUUGUUGGGACUAUUCCUUAUUCCAUUUCCAAUUGUUCAAAACUUACUCAUCUAGAGCUUUCUAUCAACCAACUCACUGGCUUGAUUCCCAAUUCUCUUAGAUAUUUGACUCAUCUACAGUUACUAAAUAUAGGGGGAAACAAUUUGACUAGCGACUCAUCAUUAAGCUUCCUGACUUCCUUAACCAAUUGUAAAAAUUUAACAUUUCUUGAUAUAUCUUCCAACCCUCUAAAUGAUAUGAUUCCGGCCUCCACAGGCAACCUUUCCACCUCCCUUAGAAAUUUUUAUGCCAACAAUGGCAAAAUCAAAGGGCGAAUUCCAAAUGAAGUUGGGAACUUAAGCAUCUUAUUCGACCUUGAUCUUUCUGGAAAUAACUUGGUCGGAUCGAUUCCAACAUCAAUUGGCAACUUGAGAGACCUUCAGCGGUUCAACUUGAAUAGCAACAAAUUGACAGGAUUUAUUGGAGAUCAUAUAUGUAAAUUGCAGCAUUUGGGUGAUAUUUACUCGGGUCGAAAUCAAUUAUCAGGAUCUCUUCCUUAUUGUUUAGGGAAUAUUACUUCCCUUAGGGAGAUACAUCUCGGUUCCAACAAAUUGAGUUCUAAUAUACCACCAAGCUUAGGGAACCUUCAUGACCUAGUGGUUCUUGACUUUUCCUCAAACAACAUGGUAGGCUCAUUACCUCCAGAAAUUGGAAAUCUAAAGGCCGUAACAAAGAUGGAUCUGUCGAUGAAUCAUUUCUCAAAUGAAAUUCCUAGAGAAAUUGGAGGCUUGCAAAAUUUAGCGUACCUUUCUUUGAGACACAACAAGUUGGAAGGAGCUAUACCUGACUCAAUGAGCAACAUGGUAGGUUUGGAAUUCCUAGACCUUUCUCACAAUAAUUUAUCGGGAAUCAUUCCCAUGUCUUUGGAGAAACCUCAAUACCUCAAGUAUUUCAAUGUUUCACACAACCAAUUGUACGGUGAAAUACCCUCGAGGGGUCCUUUCAAGAACCUCUCGGGUCAGUUUUUCAUCUAUAAUGAAGCAUUGUGUGGUUCUUCAAGAUUUAGUGUCCCAUCAUGCCCCACUUCAUCAAAGCUCAGAUCAAAUAGAAAAAAAUUGCUAGUACUUAUUCUUUUGCUCGCAACUGCAGUUGUAUUUGUUCCUAUGACCUUUGUUUUCCUAUGGAUAAGGUAUAGAAGAGGUAAAAGUGCUCAUCAACAAGCUAAUUCAUUGUCUACCGAAGCAAGUGAAAGGAUUUCAUACUAUGAACUUCUCCGAGCAACUAAUGCGCUUAGUGAGAGUAAUCUGAUUGGUUCUGGAGGUUUUAGCUCUGUUUACAAAGGCAUUCUCAGAAGUGGAACUGUCAUUGCAGUUAAAGUGUUCAACCUGCAACUGGAUGCGGCAUUCAAGAGUUUUGAUACGGAAUGUGAAGUUUUGCGUAGCCUUCGCCAUAGGAAUAUCGUAAAAGUCAUUACUAGUUGUUCCAAUCAUGAUUUCAAGGCUUUAGUUCUUGAUUAUAUGCCUAAUGGGAAUCUUGAAAAGUAUUUGUAUUCACACAACUACUUCCUCGACAUCAAGCAGAGACUAAGCAUAAUGAUAGAUGUGGCAUGUGCUUUGGAAUAUCUUCACCAUGGGUGCUCGUUGCCUGUGAUUCACUGUGACGUUAAGCCUAGUAACGUCUUGCUGGAUGAAGAUAUGGUUGCCCACCUAAGCGACUUUGGCAUUUCAAAACUGCUUGGUGAAGAUCAGGGUGAUUUAUACACUAAAACCUUAGCAACAUUAGGUUAUAUUGCUCCAGAGUAUGGACUGAAUGGACUAGUGUCAGCAAAGUGCGACGUCUAUAGUUAUGGGGUCAUGUUGCUGGAAACGUUUACUAGGAGAAAGCCCAAUGAUUUUGAGGGAGAUCUUAGCUUGAAGCAAUGGGUGAGUUUUUCACUUCCAGAUGCUGUAAUGGACGUCGUAGAUGCCAACUUGGUAACCCAAAUGGGUAGUCGCUUACAAAUGAAACUAGAUGCUGUGGCAUCAAUCAUGAUAGUAGCAUUGGAUUGUUGUGCUGAAAAUCCGGCAAGAAGGACUAACAUGAGCGAUGUUGUAGGAACGCUACGGAAGAUCAAUGUUCAACUUCUUGCAUGUUGAACAAUGUUGCAAAUUUUUAUAGUGGUUCGCUUUUAUCUUUUAGCACUUGAUUUGGGCAUGAUUCUGUUUUCAACAGUUCUAGCUGGUUGCAAUAAAUCUGACUGUUGCAGCCUUAUGACAGAAUACUUAAAAAAUACACUACUUUAGAAGGUUCAAACACGCACACAUCGACAUUUUUGAAGAGUCCGAGCAACAUAGACAUUCAGUCUAUUGCAAGUAUCUUAUGGAAACAAGAAGUUUUGCUUAGCUGAAAUUCCCCUUUUACAAAUUCCAUCCCCCUUUAGUUUCCUCAACAAUAUACUGUGCUAUUAGUUCUUUUGUCCAACUUACAUUUGUUGAAAAUGGGAUUAGUUUUGAGUAUUAUAUGCUUUCAUCCAGAGGCAGAUCUAGGGAGAGUCCACCUUUGUGUAUACGGAAAAAGGGAUCAUACUCAUUCUGAACAACAUCCACCUUUCUUAUCAGCAGAUAAAUCAUCUUUUCCGAUGUUAAUUGUCUGUCCUCUUGGUAUAGAUGCAGGAUCAUCUCCUAUAUCAAGAGCUUUACGACUAACCACUUGAUAAAUCUGAGUGAGUACUUCUGUGAA